AAUUUUUAACACUCCCAUCACCACCAAUCCACCAAGAAACCGCGACAACUCCACCGUCAAUCGCCAAGAAUCAAGAAUCUCCACCGCCGCUCCUCCUCCUCGCCCGCGUCUCUCUCUUUCGCAUCGAAUCCUCCAUGGACGGCGGCUCUGCACCGCCGUCGCAGCCGCGCGCGCAGCUCAACCUGCCCCCCGCCAUGGCCCGCGGCGCCCUCGCCCUCGAGACCCUAGCCCCUCCUCCUCCUCCUCCUCCCCCCCACUCCGACCACGUGAGCCGCAUGAUCAACUCUGCCCACAGCCAGUCCCCGUCGCGGGCCAUCUACUCCGACAGGUUCAUCCCCAGCCGAUCCGGCUCCAACUUCGCCUUCUUCGGCAUACAGCCCUCGCCCUCGCCGCGGUCGGCGGCCAGCUCCUCCUCCUCCUCUUCCUCCAGCUCUUCUUCCUCCUCCUCGUCUCCGGCGGCGGCGGCGGAGAGCAAGGAGGAGGCCUCGUCGUCCGCGUACAAUGCGCUACUCCGCGCGGCGCUGUUCGGCCCCGACACCCCGGAGAGGAAGGAGUCCCCGGCGGUGGGGCGGAAUAUCUUCCGGUACAAGACCGAGACGAAGCGGUCGCUGCACGCGCUCUCGCCUUUUGGGUUCGAGGACGCGGGGAAUGUGGUUAGCCAGAGCCCCGUGAAGGCCGCGAGGAAGGUCCCGAGGUCGCCGUACAAGGUAUUGGAUGCGCCUGCAUUGCAGGAUGAUUUUUACUUGAAUCUUGUGGACUGGUCUUCGCAUAAUGUGUUGGCCGUGGGGUUGGGGAAUUGUGUCUAUCUAUGGAAUGCUUGCAGCAGCAAGGUGACUAAGUUAUGUGACUUAGGGAUUGAUGAUAGUGUUUGCUCGGUUGGUUGGGCACAGCGCGGUACACAUCUUGCAGUCGGAACUAGCAAUGGAAAACUCCAGGUAUGGGAUGCAUCACGCUGCAGGAGGGUCAGAACUAUGGAAGGCCACCGAUUAAGGGUUGGCGCCUUAGCUUGGAGUUCAUCACUGCUGUCUUCUGGUAGCAGGGACAAGAGUAUUCUUCAAAGAGAUGUACGUGCACAGGAUGAUUUUGUCAGUAAACUUGCAGGACAUAAGUCAGAGGUGUGUGGACUUAAAUGGUCUUACGAUAACCGUGAACUAGCAUCUGGUGGAAAUGAUAACAGACUUUUUGUGUGGAAUCAACAUUCAACACAACCUGUGCUUAAGUACAGUGAGCACACAGCAGCUGUAAAAGCAAUUGCUUGGUCUCCGCAUCUUCAUGGACUUCUUGCAUCUGGCGGUGGUACUGCAGAUCGUUGUAUUCGUUUCUGGAAUACAACCACUAACUCACAACUCAGCUGUAUUGACACUGGCAGCCAGGUAUGCAACCUUGUGUGGUCCAAGAAUGUCAACGAACUUGUCAGCACCCAUGGUUACUCUCAAAACCAGAUAAUAGUUUGGAGAUAUCCCACCAUGUCUAAGUUGGCAACGCUUACAGGACAUACAUACAGAGUACUUUACCUUGCUAUUUCACCAGAUGGACAGACAAUUGUCACUGGAGCUGGAGAUGAAACGCUUAGGUUUUGGAACGUGUUCCCCUCUCCGAAGUCCCAGAACACAGACAGUGAAAUUGGGUCCUCAUUCUUUGGAAGAACUACAAUUCGGUGAUCAGACAGUGUGCUCUCCGUCUGACUUAUCAUUCUUUCUAGUUCCUUGACUCUGGAAGAUGCAGAAUGGCAUAUUACACAUCAUGGAUUGCAAAGAUUAUCCAAGAAAAGCAAUUCCACGAAAAUUGGCGGAUUUGCAGGGUUCUCUCUAGCAUAAGAUGUGAAUAGGAGAGACUAGGUUGUCUCUUGUCCUUGUCAUCCGAUUAGUUUCAUUUAUCAAUUUCAGUUCCAGAUGUAUAGUGGGAGGGGUUAUGUUGUCUCUUGUCCUUGUCAUCCGAUUAGUUUCAUUUAUCAAAUUUCAGUUCCAGAUGUAUAGUGGGAGGGGUUAUGUAUUCCUGUUAACCACUCCCUUCAGCUGUAUAUUAUUAUCAUAGGGAUUAUAGGGUGAUUUAAACUUUUCACUGUGCAGACAGUUCUCAUAAUUCCCUCCAUGUAAACCCUCUUGUCAAGCUUCAACGACGAUAAAUGGUUUUGAUUUCCUGUCUAUA